CGAGAGGACACGCACGCUUGCUCCCAUGCGCUUGCCUUCAAGUUGCUUAUCACUCUGACGUAUUACGCAGGAAAUAAACACUUAAAAAAAGGCAUAGUGAAAAGACACUUUGGCGUUGAAGAGACGACGUUUUACUGAAUAAGAAGAUAUAAGGCGAUGUGAUAUGUAAAAAGAUAAAGAGAGAAAGAAGGUGUUUUCCGUAUAAUUGUUCGAAAAGAACUGAAUCAGAUAGACAGUUGAUAACAUUGAUAACGAAACUCAACCCCACCAGCACACGUUUCGAAACAGAAAGACUACGGACUAAAACCUGAGAAAAAAAACUGUUUCUGUGAUGAAGAGGAAGGCAUAAGGUGCGCAAGACAUCGUUCAGGAGACGAAAAGAAAGUGAAAUAAGGAUAAACAUGAGGAAGAACACUACGUUUCGGUUUUCUGUCCAGGACCACUAUUUACCAGAGGAGGUCAACUUCUGGACGAUGGCGAUCGUGGCGGUGGGCACGGGGUUCAUCCUCACCGUCGCCGUCUCCAUCUACCUCAUCUGCCAGACGCGGCUGGAGCGCCCCCCCCAGCCCCGCCCCCCGAGGAUGGUCCGACACAUCAGCCAAGGCCCCGACGCCCUUCCGCUCGCCCUCACGCACGCCCACCACGACCUCCACGCCCACCACGACCUCCACGCCCACAACGACCUCCACGACCACCACGACCUCCACGCCCACCACGACCUCCACGCCCACAACGACCUCCACGCCCACAACGACCUCCACGACCACCACCUGGACGACCUGGACGACCUGGACGACCUGGCUACCCCCCUGCGCUACCUGCCCCCCCCCCGCGACCCCCUUGCACGAUGAUCUGCACGACUAGCGGUGGGUCGUCGUGGGGUCGUGACGUCAUAGGUUCACUUUCCAGGAAAUGUUGGAUUAAUUAUCAUUGAUCAUCUAUUAUUUUUUAUUAUUUUUUUCCCAUCUACUAUUCCAUUUUAUCUUUUACUAUUUUUUUUUUAGAUUAUUAUUUUUUUUUUUUCCUAUUCGUAUGCUGGAGUUUGAUUUGCAUUUUGAUAGUUUUCGUUUCAUGAAGAAAAUCCAUUAUUAUAAUAAUAAUAAUUUUUUUUUUUUUCUGAUUCAAAUCAUUGUUUUUCCCUACUCCUCUCUCUCUCUCUCUCUCUCUCUCUCUCUUUCU